UUGGCCAGUGAGCUGCAGAGACACACAAACACAGAUUUCUCCCCGUAUUCGGGUCUAUUACUCAGUGUAACUUGCUCUGUGAGCUCAGUGUUAGUGAUCGUGUUGUGGCAGCACUAUGGUCUCGAGUGUUUUCUGGCUCUCGGCUCAGAUGCUGGGGUUUAUGUGCCUCCUGAUGCCAAGCUCUGGGUUUCUGUUACUGCGUGAAGGAGAGAAAUGUGGAGCCUACAUCGAAGGCGCAUGUGAGAAAGAGCUCGUCUGUGUGCCUACUGAACCCUCAUCCUUGUUUUACGCUGCAGGAGAGUGCACUAGGGUUACGGCUUGUAACUGCUCUGAGUUCCAGUGUCCACCGUGGCCAAAGGAUCAAUAUUGCAGUAUAGUGACUGAUCCGUGUGGUUGUUGUACCCACUGUGCCAGACGGCCAGGGCAGGUGUGCGGUGGCCAGAGUUGGAGAUACGGUAACUGUGAAGAGGGGUCGAUUUGCGCCCUUGUUGUGGGACUUGAUUCAGUCAGAGCUCCACAGACAGGCGUGUGCAAAGAGCUGCCAAGUCAUUUAAAAGACACCUUCUCUGUACCUCAAUGUCCUGCUCAAUAUGGCUGCAACGUUCAUGUUGGGAAUUGUGAUUGUUAUUCUGAUGACUCCUGUUAUGCAUCAUUCCGUUAUAGCACCUAUGAUGCCUGCAAUAAAGUUUUAAUGGCUGACAGGAUGUAUAGCAUGUAUGACAGCGACCAAGAUCCCGAAGUAGAGCCACCUGUGAGGGCGUGUAUGGAGUACGCUUGUGAGGUUCAGGGCUGUGAGUGUGUGUGUCAGUAUAGAAAGUGUGACAGCAGGACAAGUCCACUCUACGAGACCGCCUGCUGUAAAAUUCUGAGGGAUUCUGGCUGCCAAAAUGCCUCCUGUCCUGAGAUUCCCACUCCGCCUUGUCCAGCAGACUCCUUCAUCAGUCAGCCCCACACUGAACCUGGUCAGUGCUGCCCCAUUAUACCUCCUCUAUGCACCUGCAACUUCAAAACCUGCGCUCCAAAACCCAAAUACUGCCCUGAGGGUGGAUAUCCCAGACUUGUUGCGAAGGGUAACGGCCACCCGGGGAACUGCUGCGACCGCUAUGAGUGUAUGAAAGAAGAUUAAUUAGGACAUGGACACACACACACAUUGAUUACAUUCAGGGGUUUGUUACCUCAAGGAGAUCAGAGGAAAACCUUGCGAAAGUGCAUCGGAUCAUCCGAGACUGUGACUGUAUGAUUCAUCGCUAAUCUCUGGUUCUGUCUUCUUUUAACUGAGCUCAGUGAUGUACUUUUAUUCUGAGUCAUUAAAUCUUCAGUGAUUAUUUUUGGACAUAGAUGUCUUACUCUAAGCUUUGCAUUUACACUUUCAAAGAAAACAAAGAGAAAAAGACAAAGUGAAUGUCAACUGUUGAAAUGUUUUGCUGGGAAAAGCAAAAAUGGCAAUAUAUUUUAGCAGAAGAAAUCACACACGACAAAGAAAUGAUAGCGACGUAGUAAGGGUGUUUAAAACAACGGUAAAAUCUAGAAUUGUAGUUCAAUUUAUAAAAUAAUAAAGAACUUUGAAUCUGUAUAAUGUUGUAGAGAAGCUUUGUGUUCGGUGUUGUAUAGCGAGCUCAGUUUUGCACUAAGUUUGUAAACACCUUUUAAAAAUGUUGUUUUUAAUUUUAUAAUAAAAAGCUUUUGAAAGUCAAAGUCACACCCAGGUACACUGUUGUAAUGACGGGUCGUAAGAAUGAGGAUCCAUUUGCAGCUUUUAAUAGACAAACUCGUAAACAACAGGCAGGGUUCGGUAACGGCAAACACAGCAGAGUAGGCUAGGCAAAGACAUGGUCAGGGUAACAGGCAAAAGGUCAGGGCAGGCAGGAAACAGUCGUGAGGCAAAAUACAGAAACAGGAAAUACUAGAAACACUCAGCAUGACAGCCGUAGCAAAUCAAGACUUCGCACUGGAGUCAGUUCAAGUUUGCCUUAAAUAGGCGCUGGGUAAUUGGCCGCAGGUGGCAGUGCAAUCAGUCCCGGCAUGUGGCUUAUGGGAAAUGUAGUCAGGAAGUGUUAGUACUCCGGGGACGGCUCCCUCUGUUGGCGGUCGGAGGACGAGAUGGGUGCUUCCAUCAUGACAACUGAAACGGGAAGGGGGAGGUCUGUAACUGGAACACAAAUUUGCAGCCACCAGAGGGAACCCUCUCCCGAGUUCUAGCCACUUCUGGAUCUCGCACAAGUAAACCACAGUCACGCCACCUUAGACACGAAGUAUCGUCAGUGUCUUCCUGCGUUUCCGAGCCGUUUGCUUCAUGGACUAAUCAUUCUGUUACUGAUAUCUUUGCCUGCCCAGUGUUUAUGCCUCUUGCUACCGUUUAAGGAUUUGUUUGCUGAGUUUUUCACUUCUGUUUAUCGCACAUAGAUCCAACUCAACCUUUGUUACACACACUAAACCUUUAAAGUGGUUUAUUAUCUGCAGCAGGAAUUUCAAAGUAAUGAGAGCGUUUAAUUUGGUUUAUCCUUGUUGAAUAUUCAAACUUUAGUCGAAUGAAGCAUUAAGAAAGCAUUAAGAGAACUCAACUCAGUAUUCGGCCGUUACAUGAACUCCUGUGUGUUUCUGCCCCACAGGAAUAAAUGUUUUGCAGAUUGAGAAAUUCCUGUGUUUGAGAUUAAGUGCAGGAAUUUGAUUUGGGGGGAAAAAACAUAUGAACUUUUAGACAUUUACAAACAUCAGGCCAAGUCAAAACUUUUUUGUCUCAUGUAGAUGGGGAAAGAAAGAGAGAGAGAGAGAGAGAGAGAGAGAGAGAGUGAAAACAAGGUGGAGUAUUUUUUGGCCAGUGAGCUGCAGAGACACACAAACACAGAUUUCUCCCCGUAUUCGGGUCUAUUACUCAGUGUAACUUGCUCUGUGAGCUCAGUGUUAGUGAUCGUGUUGUGGCAGCACUAUGGUCUCGAGUGUUUUCUGGCUCUCGGCUCAGACGCUGGGGUUUAUGUGCCUCCUGAUGCCAAGCUCUGGGUUUCUGUUACUGCGUGAAGGAGAGAAAUGUGGAUCAGACAUCAAAGGCGCAUGUGAGAAAGAUCUCAUCUGUGUGCCUACUGAACCCUCAUCCUUGUUUUACGCUGUAGGAGAGUGCACUAGGGUUACGGGUUGUAACUGCUCCGAGUUCCAGUGUCCACCGCGGCGAAGGGGUGAAUAUUGCAGUAUAGUGACUGAUCCGUGUGGUUGUUGUACCCACUGUGCCAGACGGCCAGGGCAGGUGUGCGGUGGCCCGAGUUGGAGAUACGGUAACUGUGAAAAGGGGUCGAUUUGCGCCCUUGUUGUGGGACUUGAUUCAGUCAGAGCUCCACAGACAGGCGUGUGCAAAGAGCUUCCACGUCAUUUAAAAGACACCUUCUCUGCACCUCAAUGUCCUAUUCAACGUGGCUGCAACGUUCAUGUUGGGAAUUGUGAUUGUUAUUCUGAUGACUCCUGUUAUGCAUCAUUCAGUUAUAGCACCUAUGAUGCCUGCAAUCAAGUUUUAAUAGCUGACAGGAUGUAUUUCUCGUAUGACACCAUCCCCGAAGUAGAGCCACCUGUGAGGGCGUGUAUGGAGUACGCUUGUGAGGUUCAGGGCUGUGAGUGUGUGUGUCAGUAUAGAAAGUGUGACAGCAGGACAAGUCCACUCUACGAGACCGCCUGCUGUAAAAUUCUGAGGGAUUCUGGCUGCCAAAAUGCCUCCUGUCCUGAGAUUCCCACUCCGCCUUGUCCAGCAGACUCCUUCAUCAGUCAGCCCCACACUGAACCUGGUCAGUGCUGCCCCAUUAUACCUCCUCUAUGCACCUGCAACUUCAAAACCUGCGCUCCAAAACCCAAAUACUGCCCUGAGGGUGGAUAUCCCAGACUUGUUGCGAAGGGUAACGGCCACCCGGGGAACUGCUGCGACCGCUAUGAGUGUAUGAAAGAAGAUUAAUUAGGACAUGGACACACACAUUUCUUACAUUCAGGGGUUUGUUACAGUACCUCAAGGAGACCAGAGGAAAACCUUACAAAAGUGCAUCGGAUCAUCCUGAAUGAUUCGUCGCUAAUCUCUGGUUCUGUCUUCUUUUAACUGAGCUCAGCGACGUACUUUUAUUCUGAGUUAUUAAAUCUUCAGUGAUUAUUUUUGGAGACAAGAUAAGCUUUGCAUAUACACUUUCAAAGUCAAAUCAUUUGCUCCAGUGUAUUAAUGAAAACUAUAUACGAUUCAAUAAAAGAGUAAAAAAUCA